AUAUAGUUAAAUUAAGGGAAAAAAAAAAAAAAACAGGUGGGUGAGAGCUCGGCGAAGCCGGAGCAGUAAUCGGCGGCAAGGAGAGGAACUCUAACCCUAUAAUUUGAAGCGGGAAGUGGAGCUAAGACUACUUUCCUGCGGAAGGUGAGAGGUCGGCGGCAGCAACUCCAUUUCUAUUGCUGGCUAGGAAGAUUUUGUUCCCUCCUAGUUUUGAUGGGAGGUUUUCGUUCUUAUUGUUCUCCAUUUGCUUAGCUAUUACCAUUAAUUAACUUUGGCGGCCGGGUGGAAAUUUUGGGUGGAUUGGGAAGAUGCCUGCGCCGAAAUGUUUCCCUUCGGGUUUCAGCAGGCCGAGUGGACGAGUGGAAGGCGGAGGUCUAUGCUGGUGUUUUUGGAAGGUUGAUUAUUUUUUUGGGAAGCGAAGGACACCCAUUUUCAACCCGGAUUUUGGCUGCUAAAUCUUUGACGUCAUAUGGCUUUUAGCUGUUAAGAUCGUGCAUCUUCUUUUUUCUGAAUCCUGAAAGAUGAUUCCGUCUGGCUCACCUACUCCAAUUGGUGGAGCUCAGUCAGUUGGUCCAUCCCUUAUGCGGACUAAUUCCAGCAUUCUUGGAGGAGCUCAUAAUAAUUCCAUCCCAUCUCAAACCUCUUUCUCCUCUCUUGGAAUGCCCCGAGCCCAAUUUAACAGCAAUGAUUUGCUAAGCAACAUCUCCAACGUGUCAUCUUUUCUAAACCACUCGUUUGGGAACGAACUAGUUCCUUCAGGAGGAUUUGACAUGCCUCCAUUGAAUAUAAAGCAGCAAGGAAGCACCGGAGCUGGAGUUACAGAGACCAUUGGUCAUACGGAGACUAUUACCAUACCUUUCACUACCUCAUCUGGCUCAAUAUAUGGACAGCAGUUUCAGAAACCCUCGACCAAUCAGCAUGGCUUGGAUCAUCCUCAGUCCCAGCAGCGUGAUGGACUGCAAAAAUUUCAGCAUCAAUUCUCACUUGCACGCAGCCAGCAACAGCAGCUCUUGGAAGGGUUGACUAACAUGAACAAUAUGCCUUCAGUUAAGUUGGAGCCUCAGAUGGUUUCUGGAGACCAGAAUGGUUCAGUACAACAGUUGCAAGCUCUCCGAAAUAUGGGUACAGUAAGAAUGGAGCAGCAACAGCUGCAAUCUUUGAGGAGUUUAGCCCCAAUUAAGACCGAACACCAACUCUCUGACCCUUCAGUUCUUUUGCAACAACAACCCCAACUCCUCCAGUUGUCUAGGCAAUCUUCUCAGGCUGCAGCUCAUAUGAGUAUUUUACAGCAGCAACAGCAACAACAACAGAGGUUGCUGCAGCUUCAGCAGCAGCAACAGCAGCAACAGCAGCAGCAGCAGCAGCAGCAACAGCAAAUUGUUAAUAACCUUCCCCGGCAAAGGUCACACUUGCAGCAACAGCUUCAUCAGCAGAGUUUAUCGGUUAGACCACAGGUGAAGCCAACUGGCUAUGAACCUGGCGUCUGUGCUCGAAGAUUAACCCACUAUAUGUAUCACCAACAGCACAGGCCAGAGGACAACAAUAUCGAGUUUUGGAGGAAGUUUAUCAAUGAGUACUUUGCUCCAAAUGCCAAAAAGAGAUGGUGUGUUUCUCUUUAUGGAAGUGUUCGCCAAACAACUGGCGUUUUCCCUCAGGAUGCGUGGCAUUGUGAGAUAUGCAGUUGUAAGCCUGGCCGGGGUUUUGAGACAACUGUGGAAGUUUUGCCUAGACUAUGCCAGAUUAAAUAUGCUAGUGGUACUUUGGAGGAACUUCUUUAUGUGGACAUGCCCCAUGAAUAUUUGAAUGCAUCUGGUCAGAUUGUCCUUGAUUACGCUAAGGCAAUUCAGGAGAGUGUUUUUGAACAGUUACGUGUGGUACGUGACGGUCAACUGCGGAUUGUUUUUAAUCAGGAUCUAAAGAUUGCUUCUUGGGAAUUCUGUGCUAGACGUCAUGAGGAACUUAUACCUAGAAGAACAAUAAUACAACAGGUUAGUCAACUUGGGGCAGUUGUACACAAGUAUCAAGCUGCUGCUCAAAAUGCAUCCAACUUAUCCGCACAGGAUUUACAAAUUGCUUGCAAUUCGUUUGUUGCAUCUGCCCGUCAAUUGGCCAAAGCUCUAGAAGUUCCAUUGGUAAAUGAUUUGGGAUACACAAAAAGAUAUGUACGUUGCCUUCAGAUUUCUGAAGUUGUAAACAGUAUGAAGGAUUUGAUUGAUUAUAGCAGAGAAACUGACACUGGGCCUAUGGAUAGCCUAAUCAACUUCCCUAAAGGAGCGAAUGCUUCUACAGUACCUAACUAUCAUCAAACACAGCAACUGAAAGAGCAGCAAUGCAUGGCUCAGAAUUUAAACCAAAGUAAUCAGAAUUUGUCUCAUCCAAAGGGCAUGCAGAUUUCUGCCUGCAAUGGUGGUGUUGGAGUCAAUAACUCUAUUGGUGCUGCAACUUCCAUAUCUGCAUCUACACCAGGCAUUAGCAGUAUCCUUCUUCAGAACACUAUUAGUUCUCGACAAGAAACCCCGAUGAGCACAGUAAGUAGCCCAUAUGGUGUUGGGAAUACAGUUCAGAUACCAUCAGCAAGCUCUUCUGAUUCAGCAACACCAUCUUCCCUCCUAUCCAUGGCGCCAUCUUCAUCAAAUAACAAUCCAGUUCCAACAUCUCAUUUCAGUUCCAGAAACUCAUUUUCUAGUUUAUCUACAACAGAACAGCCAUGUAAACAAACACAUGAAGCUGAUCCAAAUGAUUCUCAAACCUCUGUCCAGCAGAUUUUACAUGAAAUGUUGAUGUCGCCGCACGCAAAUGGUGUUAGUACGACGGUAAAUGAGCUGAAGGGAAUCGGCGGAAUCGCACGGGUGGGUCUAACUGGAGGUAACUGUCUGGUUGGAAGUGGCAUUGUAUCUGGGGCAAUGGAGUUUGGGGGGAUGAGUGGUGGUAUUACUCCCACAUCCACAGAAGCUGGAAUAAGAGCGGCUAUUAACAAUAAUGCCAUGUCAAUGAAUGGGAGGAUUGGAAUAAAUCAUCUUUCGCAGAACUUGGUAGGCAUGAACCACCAGCAACAGCAGGAUCUGGGAAGCAGAUUGCUUGGAAGUCUUGGGGCAGUAAAUGGCUUCAAUAGCCUUCAGUUUGAUUGAUGGUUCUGCAGAGAUAUAGGUGUUUCCAAAGCAAUUAGAAGGCUAUACAAACGAGAAGGAAAUGAACUUGCAAUGUACUGCACAGCAUUGUCAUGGAUUUAACAUGUUGAUCUCAAUCAGAGAUAUUCAGAUAGCUUCUGGUAGUUCAAGAAAGCAUAUAAAAUAGAACUGCUUUACCGAAUCCAUACAAGCUUAGGCUUCGUUUGGGACGGCUUUUUAACUACUUCUUAUAGUAGUUUUCUAGUAAAAAAUUUAAAUUUUUAUACUAGAAAGCUGCGUUAAGAAGCAGUAAGAAAACUAUUUCAACCGAGGCCUUAGUGUAGCUUUAGAGCUGUUAUGCUUAUUGUGGAAUGGAAUUAAAAUAGAUGUGCAUGGCCAUCAGAGGAUUAUGAUAUGGUGGGAAAAAUGCUAAAAUAUGCUGCAAAGAAAUAUACAGAGCAAGCUACUUUGUGAAAGAGCAUUUUGAGGAAGUGUUUUCCCCUCAUCUGAAGGAAGGAAUUUUACAAACUCAAGUCCUUAAAUCUGAUUUGGCCAAUGUAAAUUUCUAUUGAUAGUAAUCAUUUAUAGUUGGAAUGUAUGUGAUCGAAUUGACAUAUGAUGAUGAAACUUUGAUGGGAAAGCAGCAAAAUACUAUAAAGAAAAUGUGAGGUUAAGGGUUUAUUUGGAAUAUUUUUUUUACUAUC